UCGUAACAUUUGGAGAUCUAAAAUUGAGGAAAUAAAAAAAGAAAAGUCUGAAGCUCAAAUCACAUUUGAACGAAAGAGGAAUUUAUCGAUAUUUGGGGCAAUUUGUUUUGUGGUCGGUUAUGUAACUUGGAAUGGAAUUAUCA